AUGAAAGGAGAACGAUCAGUUGAUUGGGGCCGCACGGCCCAUCGCUUUUUGUUCUUUGUGCACCUGGACGGAAAAAAAAGGAAAGGACGACGAGCCAUUUGCAGAAUGCGUUGGCUGUCGUGUCUGACGGCGUGCGCCUUGCUUGGGCUGGGCGCCUCGCAGCAGCGUCUUUUCGACGUCAAGCAGCUCUUCCGGGUAGGUUAUCAUGUCGGGUAGAGCAGGUACAAGUCGGAAACGGUGAAAAAGGCUCCAUAGAAGUGUUUUUUUUAGGGUUACAAAUGUUCCUUUUUUUGCUGAAUUUCGGCUCCAUUUUCUCGACCUUUAUGCACCAUUUUUGACGCAUCUACCUUUUUCCACCAUUUCUUGAGCCCUUAAAAUCCCAGAAAAACGGAAGACUCGAAAAAAGAGACUCAUUUUGAUGCCUUUCUGCGACCUUUUUGCGGGCUUUUUGCUGCCUUUCUGCGGCCUUUUUUAAGCCUUUCUUUUUUAGCGGCCAUUUUCUAUCAUUCCGACUUUGCCUGAGUAAACAGCAGGGUUACAUACAUAGCAGCAGACCAGCCAAUACUGACUGAACUUUCCGACAACACAAAGUCCUCUAGGUGCAGUUUUUUGCGCCUAAAAAUCAAAAAUCUGUCUUCGAUUGAGCCCUUUUUCGAUAUAAACGACCUGGUGAGCAUGAAAAAUCGGUUUUAAAUGAAAAAAAAAAACGUUCAGUUUAGCCUCAAGUUUUCACGGGCUUGAGACUUUCUACUUUUCUGUAUCCUUUCAAAGAAAUCUUUCUCGAUCUGCGACUUGGAGCCGCCGUAACUUUUUCCGUAGGCUUCGAAUGCAAUUUUUGAGCGAAAUUUCGGAUUCAGCAUACAAAACUGCAUCUAGAGGACCUAGCCUAGUUGAGAUGUAUCAUUAUGGGAAAAAAAACUAGUCUUUGGUUUUACUUUGAACCUCGAACUUCGAAUUGGCAAAACAAUCCAUUUGACAUCAAACUUGUAUGAUUCCAGAUCUUUCAAAUUUCAAAUUUAACUAAAAAAACGAAUGAGACUGAAACCCUAUUGACCUUGUGAAGACCAAUUUUCGUCGCCAAAAAAAGUCGGGAAGCGCGAAAAAGUAACAAUUGGCCGUCUCGUCAGGUCAUAGCGGAAAUUUUCGAAUAAGCAAGGGAAAAAAUGUAGAUCGACGUUGUUCAGUUCCUUGAGAUAUCAUUGGAAAGGGCCUUUAUAGAUAAAUCACGGCUGGCUUGAGCUAUCGAAAAAAGGUAUCUGACACGAUAAUAUAAGAGCGAGUGCCUGGUUCGUGGAGAGCGCAGACAGGCCACGCCCCCUUAGCGUCCCACGCUAGCCGUGAAUCAACUAUACAAGUUCUACCAAGAAUUCUGAAAAAAAAAACCAUUACUGACGUUUGGAAAACAUUCACCUUCAGGAAACCAUGGCGGCGAUGUCGCAGAUUCCAUCAGCCUUGGAGAAUUCCACGACUACUUCAGAUUCCAACUCGACGUCGCCCAAGGAGAACAACGAACUGGCCAAGUUUGUACUCACUUUUUCGGUCUUCAUUUUCUGGGUCUUUCCCAAAAAUGACCUUAAAAACUCAAGGGUGCCUAAUAAAGUCUUUCGAAGGCCUUCUAGACCUUUCGAUCCAUCUUGAAAGGAUUUUUCAAGCCUUGGAAAAGGCUCUAGAAAAAGGCCUUUAAGACCUUUUCGGUCAUUUUUUCCUGGAACCUCUAUGGCAGACCCUUUUAAAAGGCCACAGUUUACACCUCCCAAGUCUUGCUUCAUUAAAGUGCUACCUCCAGAAUUUUCAACUCGAUUUCGAUUUGGCAACGCUACCUAUUUCAGGUAGAAAAAUAUUCCUAUACCUUAUUUUGUGAAUCAGCUUUUCCUGCCGGACUUGUUGGGUUCUUUACUUGUCCAUUUUUGCCUAAAACCUCAAAAAGGACCUUACGAGCCAAGAGCCUUGAAAAGACUUUAGGUCUUCCCAGAGGACUUUUAGACCUUUUCGGACUUCUUUUUCCGGAACAUUUUCAAGAAAGAACUUACAAACUGAAUGAAAGCCUAUAAAAGGUAUUUGAGAUCUCAAUAAACUUCUUUUUUUUUCCGAAGUCUUUUCAAAAAGUACCUUAAAAACUGAAAAAAUGCCCAUAAAAAACGUUUAGACCUUUUAGCCUUCUUGAAAACGAACUCACAAACUUGAAAAGGGUCUAGAAAAGUCUGUCAAACCAUUUUUGACCUUUUCGGACUUUUUAUUUCUGAAGCUUUUUCAAAAAUGAUCUUACAAGCCGAGAGCCUUGAAAAGACGCUAGAAGGUCUUUCAGAGGCUUUUUCGAUCUUUCGGGCUUCUUUUUAUCUGGAGUCUCCUCAAAAAUUGCCUUUCAAACUAAAAAGCUUUGGAAAGGCUCUAGAAAGGUCUUCCAAAGGCUUUUUAGCCCUACAUGGCCUUUUUUUGGAAUUUUCUCAAAAAUAACUGGCAAACUACAAAAGUUUUCAAAAGGCUUCAUAAAGAUCUGCCACGGGUCCUUUUCGAUCUUUUCGGAUUUUUUUUCUGCUGCAUUCUUAACGGAGUCCUUACAAGCUGAAAUGUCUUUAGAAGGCUUUUGAGGGGUCUUUUCCAAAGGCUUUUUAACCCUAUGCGGCCUUCUUUUUCUGAAGCCUUAUCGAGAAAGAACUUACUAAACGGCUCUUGAAAGAUCUUCCAAAAGCCUUUUUAGACUUUUCUAUACUUCUUUUCUCUGAAGCCUUCUAAAAAAAUAGAACAAGCUAAAAGCUUUAAAAAGACUCUAGAGAGAUUCAUUUAUACUUUUUUUAGACUCUGCACAAGAUUUUCUUUUGACCCUUCUUAUAUAGUCGAUGUGCCACGACUUGAAAUUUCAUGGAACGACACUCCGUUGGGUGGCCGUGGCCGUGAAAGCGCCUUGCCUUUGCGAAUUGCGGUCGCGCUUUCCAUUUUUUUGUUUUAUUCGAAAUUUUCAUUAUUUUAAUUAUGUUUUAAUAGUUGUCUUCGUGCCAAAAUCAUAAUUAUCUUUUCUAGAGGAUAGACUGUUUCAUUGAUAAAAAAAUAAAGUAGAGUUAGUUUCGAAUUUUUAAGCGAAAAAAAUGCGUUUAUAAUAUUUGAAAGUUUUUUUCAUGAGAUGGUCUUUGGUUUUUGUUCAAUAUAUUCCGUUAUUUUACCUUCAUUGAGCCUUUAUCGACAUUUCUUUUUUUCAUUUCAAAUCAUGUAAAAAAAUAUCCCAAUCAGAAAUAAAAUACACAGUGAAUGAUUUUUAAAAAAAUUGAAUGUUUCUACAUUGACGAAUUUUUUUAUUUAAAAAAACAGAUACAUAAUUUCAAAGGAAAAAAAUUAUUAGUUUUUCUGGACAUUUCGUUCAGCACAUCGUUUCCACUAUUCCAUGUGCCCACUGUUCACGCCCCAUUUCUGACGCAUAGUUCAGCAAUACGAUUUAUCUAAAGCUCCAUUUAAAAAAAAGGAACGAAAACCUUACUUCAAAUUAUGGUGCAUGUGCUCAUGGAAGUACACAUCUUCAUUUUAUAAGGCGCUCACUUUCUGAAAAAAACAAUUAACGACUGCAACAGAAAAAAAAAACGAUGAAAACAUUAAAACAUGGCUUUAAAAAAAACACAGAAACUAUUGUAGAAUAUUGUGGCGUUUCACCCGCAAAUCCUUUUGGUAAGUCUUUGAAAACUUUUUUUGAGAAACGAGAAAAACAAUGUCAAAGCGAUUGAAGAAUACAUGAAGUUUUUCAAACUUUUUUUUAAUCGCUUUUUUCGAGAAACAUCAUGAAAUUUACUGUGUUCUUUCUUUUACAUUUGUACAACGAAAUCCUUUUCAACGAUAAUUUUACAUUUUAAAGAAAUAAAACAAUAAAAAAACCGUCGAAAUUAGAAUGAAAACAAAAAAAAAAUUAGCGUGGCCGAAGUUGCCAAAUUCGCCAGAUGCGCGCUACCGCACAAAAUCGAAACAGCGGAGUGUCGUUCCAUGAAAUUUCAUCUUGUGGCACAUCGACUAUAUAUUCAAUAUUUUUCCAGGCUCCUCCACCUUCCCAGCGGACAUUGUCCACAGGAUAGCUGAAGACGCCGGUUAUGUAGAUCCUGAAACUCCCAAAAUUCCAGCCAAAGAAGGAAAACCAGAAGUGUGAGUAAUAAUACGCUUUUUUUUAAUCGUUCAUUCUUAAUUUUUCAGAGAGAAGAAAGAGAUCCCGACAGAGGCCCGGUCCAGCUUCAAGACGGUACUUUGAGACGGGUUUUUUUUUGGAAGAAAUUCAAAUUUUCAGUGGGAAGACGUGGUGGCAGAGCAGAAGAAGUUGGAAAAGGAGAAGGAGGAGGAAAAAGCCCCGAAGAAGAGUCUUCAGGACAAGAAAGACGGCGACUUCCUGUCCAUUUCCAGGUAUAUUUAUUAGUUUGAAACGCCUUGGAAUGGUUAUUUUUGUGGUAGUUUUGCUCAUAUAGUCUGAUAAUGAUAAAAAUAUGAAUAAAAAUUCAAAAAAUGUACAAAAAAUAGUUAAUAGAACUCAAAAUCCGAAGUUAUUCUGAUCUUUCCUUCAUCCAUUCCUCAAUCUCCAAUGAUUUUUUGAAAAAAAGUUAGGAAAACCAGAGAAGUCCCUAUAGGGGAAACUCUAGAGGCCCUCCUCUGGGUCUACCUUCCACUAUAGGGGUCACUAAAACUUGCAAAAGUGACCCCUAUAGGGGUUUGCUACUGUUAGAGAAGAAGCAUUGUAUGCGGAGGAAUUGAUCAAUUUUUUCUAGUUGACUUUCAAAUAUGACCAAAAAAAAUGAGAGGCCCUAUAGGGACUAAUUGAGCUUCAGGGGCUUUGGUUCAGGCUUCUAAGCCCCUACAAGAAUCUUAAAUUCUAACCCUAUAGAGGGCACUUUUUUUUCCUUUACGCGCCUGCUUCUCCUUCCUAAACCCUAUAGGGGCCACUCUAGCGCUCCCAAGUGUUCCGAAUCCCUUGUGGAUAAAGUCAGUAGGCAUCCUGAACGACUGAUUUUUUUUGUAAAAGGUGACUUCACCAGGCUUUAAUUUUGAAUAACUCUUCAAAAAAAAAAAUGACAGGUUGAUCGAGGAGGCGUCGAAAUCGCUUCAGGCGGCCGCCGAGCUGAGAACGGCUCCAGUUCUUGUUUCCUCCACCAGCACGACAACUGCUCCAGCUCCAGAAAAGUUGGAAGAACUAGCUUGAAACUGUUAUAAAAUGUUUUUUUCAGCCCCAGCAUUGAGAAGGCGGAGAUCCUCUACCGUCCCGUCAAGCAGGCUGAUGGAAAAAUGUAAUUUUGUGGAUUUUCUCUUGCAAGGAAGGGAUUUUCAUCUGGAAAUUGGCCAGAAAGCUUAAUGAAGUGCCGAAAAAGAUCCUAACACCCAACAUAAUUGCCGAUAUCACAGCGGGCCGCACGCGAUAUAGCCAAGGCUUCUCGCUGCGACCUCGUCAAAUUCUCGCUGCCAUAAUGCUCCCUCUCAAAAAUUUGAAAUUUGAAAAACAUUUUUUUUUGCUUUAUUUUUGACUUUUAUGAUGAAAAUUUUUUCAGAGAGCGAUAUAGCGCGAGACAAUUGCGAGGUCGCACCGAGAAGCGAGCGAUAUCGCUGGCGGCUCCCCCGCGGUAUAGCAUUACUCUCGAUGCGAUAUAGUCCACAAUAUUGGGUGAAAAGUCUCACACUGCAAAAUUUCCUGGUUUUUGAAAGAGGACACCUUAAGAACAAAAAAAACCCUUAAAAUAAGUCAUUUUGAGUCUUGGAGCUUUUAUUUAUCGAAAACAAGGGGUUUUACUAAGUUGAAAUUUACGGGAUCUCCGGUCCAUCGCACGGCGUUUUUUUUUUUUUUUUGACGACGACACCCCCAUAUUUUUUCCGUAAAGUGCAGUGUGUCGUGUGCAUGCACUGCGGCGCUCUCGCACAUACCGUGUUCAAAGUAAUUUUCGCGAAUACACGGCGUUUUUGUUAGUGGAAGAAAAUGCAAAACCAAAAAUGAAGGGGCGUGGUCAAAACCUGCGCCGUUCUCAUGUGACGUCAUGGAAAACAAGCGUAAGCAACAGGGAAUAUUAAAGGCGCAUUUUCAAUGGGUCAUGAGAUGAAUUUUUCUCUUAUUUAAAAAAAAAGGUUUUUUUCUGUUUUUUUUUUAAACACAUGCCGUGUUAAAAGUGAUUCCGCGAAAUUCAAAAUAGCCGGAAGAGAGUGAAAAAUAUAACUGACUUUCGGAAAUUUAGACAUUAUUCUGAAAUUCGCGGAAAUAAUUUUGAAUACGGUAUGUGCGAGAGCGCCGCAGUGCAUGCACACAACACACUACACUUUACGAAAAAAAUGGGCGGGGCGUCGUCAAAAAAACGCCGUGAACUGAAAAACUCUCCAAGUUGAGAAUUUCGGGAAUGUUCUGGCCAAUUUUCAAAAAGUUCCCAACCGUCAAGUAAGAUGACCUUCCCUUUCACUCUAAAAUUGAAAUUUUGUCGAUUUUCCAGCCUCUACGAACAAAUGAUGCUGGUCAAGUCGGUUGACGGCAAAGUGAGGCUCAUUUCCAAGCCAAAUCCGGAGUUCCUUCCCAACCUUCCCACGGCUUCUCCCGCUUCUUUCGGAGUUGGUUUUCAUUUUUUGAAAAUUAUCGUGAAGAAUCUUUUUACAAAAGAAGGUUUGAUGCAUCAAAAAUUUCGAUUUGAAGCAUGUUUUCGUGAAAUUCGGCUCUUUUUGCUUGAAAAUGAUAAGAGUAUUGGUAAAAUUGAACUUCUUUCCUGUAGACAGACCUGUCCGGGGUCGGCCCGAGCCGAAAAGUUUAAAAAGAUUAGGACAAAAACGUGAAAAAACUUAGAGAAGAAUGGCUUUUUUUUGACAUAAAUUUCGCGGGUCGGGUCAGCCCGGGUUCACCAGUUUCAUUCUACGCUGUAUAAGAAAUCAGGAUCAUUUCUAUAAAACAUUUUCAUUUUCAGGAUGCUAUAACAAGCCUAGACGGUACUUAUCCCGCUCCGACCUUCCCACCAAUGGUACGGAUUUAAAAAUGUUUUCUGAACCUAAUAUGUUUCACCUUUACCACCGUAGGCUUGUGUUGAAAAAUACUACAGCCUCUUGUUUUUGCACACUCUCUCGUUUUAUUUAGACCAUUCAAACCGGAAUUUUCAAAAAAAGGGAUUUUUCAGCGAUUUGUAACUUUGUUUUCAGACGUAAUUUGCAAUCGGAUACUGAAAAUUUCCAUCAAAUUGGCACUUUUCAGGUCAAUUUCUUCAACCGAGAGCCGGUCACGACGACUUCAGCUCCUGCGACUACUCCAGCCGUCGUUGAACAGGUAUGAGAUUUCAGCUGGUUCACGGCUGGUUUGAGGCCUCCAGGCUUGUAUCUGCGCCAGCCUGGGAUAAGCUGAAGUGGGUCCUAGAGAGAGUUUGAGGUUUAGUAGGUCUUAUAGAAAGUGUAUUAGGACUAGGAAACCACUGGGUUCCAUAGGGACCUCCUAGAGAGGGAAAGGGAAACUUGAAGGACCCAUUAUAGGAGGCCAAUAAAACCACUUUUUUCGUUUCCGAACGUGGUCCGUCAGAGCCUACGUCAGCUGGAUCUUACGCCCGCCUUUUGCCCGCAAAGGCCCCCUUUAGUGAAAUUUCUUUUAAGAGUCCCUAGUAUCGCCGGGAAUCCCUACUAGCCCGCUGCAAACUCCCUGGGUCCUCUUUUCUAUUCCUGAAGGACCCACUCUAGCUUUUCCGUAAAUAAGCCUGGCUCGAUGUUAGACUUUUUUUGUGAAAACUUGAAUGGGCCGCCCCGAUCUAGGCCGCUCAGUCUGACCCACAAGCCUGGAGCCAUCGAAAAAGGGUUCUGACAUCAUUUUAAAAAAAUGCGAUAGUGACUGCUUGACGCCGUGGAUCGGCUAUAUCAGAUUUUCCUGAAAACUACUCUGAAAAUUCAGGUGACACCGAAAGUGACGGAAAAGAAGCUGGAAAUCUCGCACAAGAAGCAUGGAAAGUCCAGGUAAAUCCUUGGAGAACCUUGUCUCCUUUUUUAAACGCUAUUUCUAUCUUUCUAUGUUUUCUAUGACUUCUCCGGAGGGGGCAUUGUCUAUUUGAGUGUCAAGUACAAUGACGUCAUUCGAAAACGCUCUGUGGAUGGCGCGCUCUCUGAUUGGUUUAUCGCGCCGUUAGGGGGCGGAGCUUAACAUUUAUAAUCUGCACACAUUUUUGAACCAUGGAGAAUGAUAAAUUGACAAAAAUCCCUUAAAAACUGGUAUAAUUUUCAGACAAUACGCUUCGAAAAUUGUUGAAUUGAACGAGCCGAUCCAUUUCGGGACCUCAUCUUCAGCUGAGGUAUUUUUUGUCGAGGAAAACCUGAAGUUUUUUGAAUUUUUCAGGAGCAAUCCGAGGCCGAAUAUUCCUCGGAACAGCGUCCAAUGCGUAGAAGGCUUAUUAAGGUUUAUUUUCAUGAGAAGGUUUUUUUUCACCACCUCGUACAGCUUUUCAUUGAGAUCCUAACUGUCUACUUCAUUUUUUAUAGAGAUUCGUAGUUUUUUCGAGAAUUUUAUCUGAAUUUGUGAUAGGAAAAAGUUCAUUCCAAUGAAACCAACGUGAACUGUGAAGGAAAUUCAUUAUUAUUUUCCUGAACUUGGUAUUUUUUUUGUUCCAUCCAAUUUAUCAACGAAUAAUUUUCUGUGUAUUUUUCGAAGUUUUUUUAGGCUGAAUAUUGAAAUUCGCUCUAAAUCAACGAACCCUUGAGUGGUCCCUGUAGGGUUUUGGGGAGGAAAGAAUAUCUCUAGUAAACAAAGAAGUUCAGAAGUACCCUUUAGGAGUGAAAUUGAGGCAGAUUCUAAGAGCCUGAUCUUCAAAUCUCAAGCGGACCUAUAGGGUCUUUUCAUUUUUUGUUCAGAUUUGAAAAACUUGUUCAAAUCAUCUUCUGUAGAUAUUUUUUCAUAGAAAUAACGCUAGUUCAUCGAUUUUUAUGCCUGAAAGUGCUUCUCCUCACGGAGUUUAUAGAAAUGAAAGACUAAUAUGACCCCUAUAGGGACCACUGACGGAAACCCCUGAAGUGACCAUUUAUGCGGGAGUUGAAGUAAAACGUUGGAACGUCUGGGUAAAGAUUGAAAGAUGGUAUCCCAUAUCUCAAUUAUGAUUUAUUUAACUAUUCAUAAACAACAUUACUUUAGAAGCCACUCUCGAUCCGCACGAUCGAGCAACUUUCCCAACAACAAAAAGCCGAAGCCGAGGAAAAUGGAAAGAAGGACGAAUCGGCUCAAAAACCGGAGAAGAGACGCCGGUUCCGAACCCGCAAAUCGCACAAAAAAUCGAAGAGCUCUUCCUCUGAGGUUUUUUUCCAUAAAAAGUGUGCAUUUCAUAUUUUUCCAUUAGGAAUCCGUCACCGAAGCCCCAAAAGCUCCCGAGCCAGCCUCUGAGCAUUUCUCCCAGAAGUUCUCAUCCCUGCCUUCAGAAGCCGAAAAGACCAAGAUUGUUAGGAGGAAAAUCAUCAGGAAGAGGAUUUUGAAGCGAGUCAAAGCGGUAAUUCUCCUUUCAAACUUCUGAUAGAAGAAAAAGUUCCAGGCUUCCACUGAAAGCAAAGAAUCGUCGACCGAAGCGCCGCCCAAGCCUUUGAGAAAGGUUAAUAUCAGCCAUAAGGAACGGAGAUUGGUAGUUUCUGAAAAAAAAAAUUAUAAUAUUUUGCUUUUUUCCAGAGCAAAAGCUCAGAAGAGCCACUUCCCAAGAGAUUGAGGCUGAGCCACGAAACUGACUCCGAAGAGGAGCAGAGCAAGACUUCCGCCGAGAAAAUCGUCUUGGAAAAGCCGAAGAAGAUUAGAAAACAAAGGGUGCGUUAUAAAAAGAGUAGGGAAAGUUCGCUCUAACGAAAUAAGUCGUAUAAUAGGGAAAGUGCGCUCUAACGAAAUAAGUUCACUGUAAAAACUGGGUCCUUGACCGGAUGCUCCUCGAGGGUUUCUGAACAGUUCUAGAGGUCACUUAAGGAAGCUGACGCCGCUAGAGUAGUCCCUAGAAAAGCUCCGACACGUGCGAAGUUCGCGCUAAUAACGCAAGCAGGACAUUCUUGAGUUUUUGAAACCCCUUCAAGCCCCGUAAAUCGCCCACAAGAGCUGGAAUUUCGCGUUAGAGCAAACUUGUUUCAAGUAAGUUUCUAUCCAUCCUUUACAACUUCUUCUCUACCAAACCUCGGUAACGUAAAGCAAACCCGAAGCGCUUGAGUCUUUGAAGCUUCUUUAAGCCCCCAUAAAUCGUGCACAAGAGUUGGGAUUUUGCGUUAGAGCAAACUUGUUUUAACUGAGUUCUCAUCCUUUACAACUUUGAAAAGUCCAACCUCGGUAAAGCAAGCCAGAAGCGCCUUUUUGAAGAGACCACUCCAGCAGCUUCAGUGCCCUUAAGUGAUCCCUAGAAUCGCUCAGAAACUUCCAGCUCGAGUGAUAAGCCGACCAGAAGCGUAGUUCGCUGGAGCAGCUUUGAAUUUUAUUUUCAUUUUUGAUAUUUUUUUCAGAAAUUGGUCACUCGCCCACAAUGCUUGAACAUUCGCAGCUUUGCCCGCCAGUUUGCUGUGGAAAAUGUCAGGGAAUUCGCUCAAGGUUCGUCGAAAUAAUAACAGUGAUUCAUGAAAAUUCUGGAAGAAUCCUUGUCGUAGAAAGGAAAACAAAAAAUAAAAUUUCAAUUUUCAUAGAUGGUCACAAAUUUUGAAGGACCAGUGGACAGUCUAGCAAAAGGUCUUGCAAUGAUUAGAUGCACUUUUUAACUUCGAAAUGACUCUGACCGCAGCGCAACCGCGACGCGUUCCGAUUUAUAAAAGUUGAAAGCCAUUCCAAUUGCGACCACAGUUGAUACAUUUUUCAUUUCAUAGCUCUUCCCAACUUCAUGACAAUAUAUUUCAGAACACUGCGGUUUCAUCGAAAACUACUACCCCGAGCUCAAGUGCUCAAUGAUGGACGCCUACAUGACCAUCUGCGAGAAAUACUACGAAGUUAUGGCCUAA